AUUAUUUUUAAAACUUUGGUACUCAGCUGUUUCUGGUACAAUGAACUUCCAAUAGAUGCCAGCAGUGUGGUUACUGUAAUUUUGGCAACCAUGAAGAUGGCUGACGGCUCGACUAUUUUGAGAAGAAAUCGGCCGGGAACAAAAGCGAAGGAUUUUAGCCGUUGGCCAGAUGAACCAUUCGAAGAAAUGGACAGCACCCUGGCUGUGCAACAAUACAUCCUUCCAAACAGCAAAUUCGACGUGAUCCAGCAAUAU